UUCAUAAGCCUUUUUCAAUACCUUCUUCUGCAAAAGAGUUCAACUUCAGCCCUAGGAAGCACCGCCUCUAGAAGGCCACCGUCACCGCCACCGCAGCAACUCCGGCGUCCGCCCGUCGAACCCUGCCUUGAGCCGCCCAAAUCCAACACCUUUGCCGGUCUUCCUCGUCGUAAGGGUUCAAUGGAGAAGAUUCCCGUUUGGCCGUGAAGGUUCGAGCAUCUUCCGUGCGUCUUCCGUUAUUGAUCAGGAUGAUGAUGAUGAAGUGAAGGACUUUAUUCUUCUCUUGUUUGUUUGGACUUCAUUCCUCACGUUGAACAAUAGGGAAUUUUGGAAGAGAUGCGUUUUUGAUAGUGCCAAGUCCUUGGAUUAUUCUGUCAUUAAUGGGGAGGUUGAGAGAAGCGUGGUUGAGAGUGAAGAAACCAAGCGAAGAAUAACAUUUUGUGAGACAUGGGCAGAAAAAGAAGAAAAGUCCAUGUUGGAAGAAAAAAAGAAGGUCAAGAACCAAAAAUCAUGGAUGCCGAUCGGAUAUCAAAACUACCUGAUCAUGUUAUCCAUCAUAUUCUUUCUUUCUUACCCACCAUUGAUGCUGUUUGGACGAGCCUCCUUUCUAGGCAUUGGAGACGAAUGUGGUACUAUGUUCCGACUUUAGAAUUCUCUCAGUUCGGCAAUAAAGAUGUUGAAAUUUUCUAUAAUUUUGUGGAUGAUUGCUUGAAGCACCGCAUGAUGGGCAUGCAUCACAAUACAAUGUCAGUUAUAACUAGGUUUAACCUUAAUACUGUCUACCGUGGACGCCGUUCUAAAGUCAAACUGGAUAGGUGGUUAAGCUUUAUCGCUCAGCCCCAUCUUCAAAAAUUGGUUCUCAAUAUGUUUGAGUAUGAACCUGUUAGGAGAAGACAUUAUUGCUUGCCUGAGGUUGUACUUAACUUAGCAUCAUUGACUGUCCUAAAGUUGGUGUUUGUAGAGUUGGAGGCUUGUUAUCCUGUUAGCCUUCCAUCUUUGGAAUAUUUGUAUUUAGGGCAUGUUCAAAUGGAAGAUGAAAUAUUGCAUACGUUACUGUUGGGCUGCCCUUCCCUUGAAGAAUUGUACAUUAAGGACUGUGAUAAGUUGAAGAGUCUUCGAGUUUCGAGUUCGUGUCUUCAGUUUUUGGAUUUAUCUGGGAAUUGGGAGACAUUUACAAUCAAAGUGGAAGCUAUAAAUCUUCAAUCUUUUGCUUUUUCUAAUACUGCAUGGAAAAAACCGUGCAGUUGCCGCUUUGAUCUUGCUUCUUGCAAGAAAAUUGAAAAUCUCUCAUUGCAUGGUGUCUCUUUUUAUCCCGAUGAGGAUUUUGCAAGCUUUAUUUCUGGACUUCCACUUCUUGAGAGUCUUGCCUUAGAUCAAUGCGAUCUUAUUGACAUCAGAAAUCAGCACCUCAAGUUUUUGGAUGUCAAGACAGUUCGAUAUAAGGACCGAGAUCAAGCGAAUUGGGAUGAAGAGGAUUGGGAUAAAGUGGACUGGGAUGAAGUGGACUGGGAUCGGAUUGAGAUUUCAAUUGAUGCUCCUAAUCUAGAUUCCUUCAAGUGUUACACUAAGAAUCUGUUGGUAAGGUUUUUAAUGAACUCGCCAAAUCUGUCGGAAACAUUUAUCCAUGUUGGCUAUUGUGCGGAAACCGAAACCCGUAGAAGGGAGAGGGAGAGGGAGUGGUACAUCAAUUUAAUUGAUUUUCUCUCGCAUUUCGAUUGCUCCAAGAGUAUAAACUUCAUUUUCUGCUGUGAAGAGCUUCUCAUGUUUCCACAAGUAUUUAGAAGGAAUUGCCGCAGCCCCUUGCCUAACGUGAACAAGCUGAAGGUAGAGAUGGGAGGAUAUGACGAGGAUGGAGUGAGGGACGCUCUACUUUGGCUUGCGCCUUCGGCGGAGACGAUAUCUAUAGAGUUAGAACCAUUUUAAAUGUAUGAAAGCUUGAGCCUUGAAUAGCUCUCAAGACAUUAUUUGUACUAUCAAACUCUAUAAACUUUUGUUGAUUUCGUUACUAGUUGCACUUGCAUAAGACCGAUUAGUUUAUUAAUUAGUCUUUCAAGUGUAUUUUUCUUAACUG